GAUAAUUGUUUGGGCGUGGCAGUAAACUAAUUAAUAAAGGAGUAAAUCAGGAGCUGGCAGCAAUGGGAGACACUCUAACAAGAGAGCAGCAUAAAGACGAGAAUCAGAGGAGCCCUGAGAUCAGAGGGAGAGAGGAGGAGAUGGCUCACAAUGUAGAAGAACCUUCCAUUGACAAAAACGCACAAGAAAGUAGCCCCCUCGAAGCUUCUGUCAUUAGAACUGAUGAGUGUCCUUCUUCUUCAUGCGAGCCUAGCUGUGAACGGGAGGAAGAGACCCAGAGAGACAAAGAAUUCUACAACACUCCUUGCAAGCUACACAUUAUCUUAAAGUCGACACAGACGAAAGACAAAAGAAGCGAAGAGAUAACUCUCCCUUGUUACCCAAGAGAAGGAAUUGAUCUAAAGAAACACAUUGAGUCACAGUAUCACAUACCAGCAUGCGUACAGCAGAUAAAGUUUUACGGCGUCGAUAUUGAGGACUCUACCAUAUUGAAAAACCUCAGACUCCAGCACGGGGAUACAUUACACGUUCAGUAUACAAUAUCAGUGGAUAUCGACUACUUCUCUAGUUUAAUAUCAACACUAAAAAGAAUUAAUGAAGUAUUAGAACUAGUCAUACCGGAGUUACUGGACAGUGGAGAUAUAACUGAUGAAAUGCACGACCUCAUUGAAGGAGACUGUCUCGCAUUCACUGGUGAUUCUAUACCUCUCAAAUACUUCUCAGUCUACCCAACUGGCAUACCCAAUGCCAACCAACUUUACUUCAUUCACAACAAUGGCCUCCAGCUGCUGUUGGAUUUAUACAGAAGCAUGCACAGACUGCCUUGGCACUGGUUACCAAUGGAGCUCCAGCAGCUGGAGUUCUCUUGUCUGCAGAUAAUAUGGAACUUUAGCGCCACGCUUGGGAUCAGACAGCUUAUACUACAGAAUGGAGUGAUGGAGGAAGUGUUUCAGUCCCUAAUGAGGACUAAAUUGGAGCCGUACACGUCAGUCAAAGUCCUAGAUCCUUUAAGAGAUCCUUACGCUAGUCUAGAGAGGAGUACUUACAUGCUGGCUGAAACCAUCUAUGCUGCCAUUGUGGUGGUUGGCAAUUUUGCUGAGGUACCUCAGUGCCGUGUCCCCAUUGCCUCGAGGUCCGGAGUACUGUCCAACAUGAUAUCGGCAAUGCUUUCAAAGACCUAUACCUUCACCUGUGCUCGCUCAGGCAUGUGUGCCCUACUCUGUCUCUCCUUCAGUCCAGAGACUCACGAGUAUUUAUCAGUGGACUCAUUGCUUGAGAGAAUCAUUGAGAUAUGCAAUAGGAUACAUUACAUUAAUGAUGGAACUGGAACUAAUGAGAAGAUUAUCAAUAAGACACUAGUAGAAUUCUAUGCACUAAUAUUCUUUGCCAAUCUCAUCCACCAUUGGAACAGUGAUACUCCUCUCUCUCCUAUAUUCCUCUCGACUGUCAGAACCUUCAUGAGUCGCUACAUAUCAACUGUCAAAUAUGACAUCAUACAGCAAAGAAUGCAAGAAAAGAGAUACUACUGGUCCACUUUCAUACCAUUCCUGAGUCUUUGCUAUUCACCAAAAGGAAAUAUUGAAGGAAUGAAGGGAGAGGAUUCUAUGGCUCAGUGCCUGUCUGAGCUCCACAGAUAUUGCAUUCAGGCCGGCCUGCUAAGUAUGAAGUGUAUGGCAGUGUCUGAUAAUGCUGAGGAAGUGAUGGCUCAUGAAGACCUAGUGGAUUACAUUGUAUCUAUACCAUGGUUCCUGCCUGAUCAAGAGUCUCGGUCUUCAGCUGUAGAACUCGUCAACCUAACCAGGCAAUCAUUAGGACGCCUCCAACCUCCUUCUCUGACUAAUAUUGUAAGGGGGUUUCUGGCUUCGCAUUACUGCGGGUUGGAGAAAACACUCAAGAAAGAUGCUCACUCCAUUUUAUUGGAGAUGGAUCAAAAUUAUCUUUUAUAAUGAUUAUAACAAUGAAAUGAUGAUGAUAGAAAUGCAUUUUAUAUUAUAUAACCAAUCAAAAUGUGUUAGUUCUGUGUAUACUAAUGACGA